GCACGCUGGUUACGCACGGCCAGGACGCGCAGACGCACACGGUUUUGCGCUUGUUAAGACAUUCCUGCGCGGAUUGCACCAGGGUUUUAGCGCAGAUUAGCGGUUUCACGUGAAAGAGCCUUUAUAACGCGCUUCCCGGGCGGACUGUGCGCUACUAGAGUCGAGUUUUUGCGCCGCGGGUGGAGCGUGGUUUUUUUUUUUGGAGACUCGGACGCGCCAUGGCCGCACACGCGCUACCGGAGGGAUUCGCAGAGUUUGACAUGUUUCUGUUUGGGACCGCGCUGCUCGUGGGAGGAGUGCUCGGGUUCUUCUUGAACACGAUCUCUGUUCUGUCGUUCAUCUCGGUGAAGCAGAUGAGGACGCCCAGUAACUUCUUCGUCUUUAAUUUGGCUCUGGCCGAUCUGAGUCUGAACAUCAACGGCCUGACUGCGGCCUACGCGUCCUACCUGAGGUACUGGCCUUUCGGGGCGGAGGGCUGCAGGAUGCACGGGUUCCAGGGCAUGAUCUCUGUUCUGGCCUCCAUCAGUUUCAUGGCCGCCAUCGCCUGGGACAGAUACCACGUCUACUGCACACGGCAGAAGCUGUUCUGGAGCACCACCAUCACCAUGAGCUCCCUGAUCUGGAUCCUGUCUGUGGCCUGGGCCGCGGUGCCUCUGUUUGGAUGGGGCGUGUACGACUUUGAACCGAUGAAGACCUGCUGCACUCUGGACUACAGCAAGGGAGACAGGGAUUACAUCACGUACAUGGUGAGUCUGGUGGUGUUGUACUUGGCGUUCCCCUCCAUCACCAUGCUCUCCUGCUACGACUCCAUCUACAAGUACUUCAAGAAGAUACACAACCAGAAGUUCAACACGUCUCUUCCUCUCCAGACGAUGUUGAUGUGCUGGGGGCCGUACGUGCUCAUGUGUGUCAUCGCCUGUUUCACUGACGUCACAGUGAUCUCCCCCAAGAUCAGGAUGGCUCUGCCCGUCAUCGCCAAAACAAACCCGAUCUUCAACGCUCUGCUUUACUCCUUCAACAACGAGUUUUAUCGACCCGGAGUCUGGAACUUUUUGACGGGACAGAAGAUCACGGAGCCUCUGGAGGGAAAGAAAUCCAAAUGAGACGAGCGCUCAGAGCGCCGCGGCGACGGCGUGGAGUUAAAGCUACACUCAGUCGUUUUCUUUUGUUUCAGUCUUGAUAUAUUUUGUGUAAAUGAAACUUAAACUUGGAUUAAAAACAUGAAAACCAGAAACAGUUGAUUUGAAACAGUUUGGUCUGAAGUUCCUCCUCACUCACUUCAUCAGAACGUCCUCACUACUCACCAGGAUGAGUUUAGAAGCACUUUUCACAACAACUAGCAUGCUAACACGCACCUCUGAGCUGCUUAAGUCACAGGACAAACGUGGCUCAGACUUUAAACGUUCGAUGGGACGUCCCAGGAGCAGGUGAACGUCUCAGGGUUUAAUGAUACUGGACUGUGAAGAUGAAAAAGUUCCUGAGUGGUGCUUUAAAGUUCACCACAGGCCUCACUCUGUUUAUGAUCAGAUUCAUCAGCCUUUUUCUGUAAAAUAAGAUGAAUAAACACAUUUGUACAACUGG